AUGCCCCUUCCCUUCCUUGGCUCGUCGCUGUUCCUCCUCUCUGGCCCGCAACCGCAUAUUGAUCGACUAGUUUUCUUUCUUUUCCUUUGUGUGUGUGUGUGUGUGUGCGUGCGCUGA